UGUCUAUUUAUCAUUAUCACACAUAAGGCAAGACAUCUGCGUAAACAUUUAUAUUAUCACAGUUAAUAUAUCUGUUUAAUAUCUACUUGGUCAUAUUUUAAUACGCAAGACCACCACGCUACAAGUUAUUAUACCCGACCAUGGCCCCGAAAGAUGAUGAUGUUAAGGCUAAGCCUGCUUGUCACGCACGUGCAUGUGCAAUUCAAAACUGUCUUACCAGCAAUGGCUACAACGAGGCCAAGUGCCAAACUGCAAUCAAGCGGCUUUACGAAUGCUGUGAAGCAUUUUACGAACGCUACGGCGAAGAUGCGUCUACUGUGAGCUGCCCGAAGCCCAAUCUUCUCAAGCUCAAGAUGAAGCAACUCCGGGAGGAAACUAAAUGAUAUGUAACGCUCGUCCUUGGGGUGUCCGCCGGUUUGGGAAACGCUGGCAACUUGAAUGAUGAGCGCCGAAUCUCUUCUAGGCGAUCGUUGAGCACGCAAGAGGCCUCAUGGACCUGAACAAGCAUUGAAGGCCUGUUCCGAGACUCUAAUACGAAUGCCGAUGACAUUAUGAUAGAGAAGAAGAAAAGAAAAUUAAAUUUGCUGUUUGGUGGAGACGUACUUGAACCAGAACAGUGCUGAGUGCGACCAAUCCUCUAAAAUACACUGUACAAUACGCGCGCGUGCAAUCGCGGCUGUUUUCUUUUAGCGCAAAGGUCCGAG